UAUCUCAUUUCUCAUUAUCGAAAGAAGAAUCACACACACACAACACAACAAAUACUAGAGAGAACAUUUAUUAUAUAUAUCAUGAGAACGAGGAGAGGAUUGUGUUAUCCUAGAGUGAUGAAUAUGUGCGUGGAGAAUAACAACAGAGUGGUGAAGAGAAGGAAAGUGGAGCCCGCCGGCUGCCGGAAAAAGUUUAAAACGUCGCCGGAGAUACCCGGCGGAUGUGAUUUCUUUGACGCUUUACCUGAUGAUCUCGUUCUCUGUAUUCUCCGCAAACUCAGCUUCACCGCAUCCUCCCCUGCUGAUUUCAUCAGUGUUCUCAUAACAUGUAAAAGGCUAAACGGAUUAGGAGUGAAUUCAUUAGUAUUAUCGAGAGCCUCUCAGAAAAUGUUGGCAGUCAAAGCAAAAAAUUGGUCAGAGUGUGCUCAUCGAUUCCUUAAACUCUGCGCCGAUUCCGGAAAUGUCGAAGCCUGUUACACCCUAGGCAUGAUUCGAUUCUACUGUUUGCAAAAUCGAGGAAGCGGCGCAUCCUUAAUGGCCAAGGCCGCGAUUAGCUCACACGCGUCAGCCCUCUACUCACUCGCCGUCAUUCAGUUCAACGGCAGCGGCGGCUCCAAGAACGACAAGGACCUCCGUGCCGGAGUUGCUCUCUGCGCACGCGCCGCCUUUCUCGGCCACGUCGACGCGCUUCGGGAGCUCGGCCACUGCCUUCAGGACGGCUACGGCGUCAAGCAAAACAUCGCCGAGGGGCGCCGAUUCCUAGUCCAAGCCAACGCGCGUGAGUUAGCCAUUGUUCUAGCCGCGAAUCCUUCUGCUGUUGUGCCCAGGUCGUGGCUCACGUGCAACCCGCACCGCCAGCCAGGUGGCACCGGCUGCCCGCUGUUGAGCGAUUUCGGCUGUAAUGUGCCGGCGCCGGAGGCUCACCCAGCGAACCGAUUUUUAUCUGAUUGGUUUUCGGGUCGGACCGAGGGUGUCACGGGCACGGAUCUAAGGUUAUGUUCUCAUUCGGGUUGCGGGCGGCCGGAGACAAGGAGGCACGAGUUUCGUCGGUGCUCUGUGUGCGGAGCAGUGAAUUAUUGCUCGCGUGCUUGUCAGGCGCUGGACUGGAAGCUCCGGCACAAGGCGGAGUGCGCUCCGGUGGAGAGGUGGGCGGAUGAGGAUGUUGAAAAUGAGGGCAACAACGGUGAUGACAUGCAGCAUGACGGCGAUGAAGAUGUCAACGGCGACGAAAUCAUGGAGGAAAGUUAACGGCGAGAUUGUGGACUGUGAAUGUGACGGUAACGGCACGGGAGUCGAUAAAGAAAGUGUUGGGGUGAAAAUGAAGAAAAGUGGAAGAUUUGAGGCCAAAUUUUGUUGGGGGAAAAAAUUGAGUUAAAUCUUUUUUAGUUAUGGUCAGUUUUUGUAUAGGGAAACAACACAACACAACACAACACAACAUGCGCCAUUUAAUUUUUAAGUUUUAGUAACUUUUUUAUUUCUUUGUGUCUUUGAUGUAUCAGCAGUAUCGUCUUCGGCUAUAAGUUCAUCAAGAAUAUGAUAAUUAUAUUAUUACAA